UGAAGGGGCCCAUACGCAUAUAUCUGCCUGACGCGAGCGCAUCAAGUUUACUCUUUACUAUUUCUCAGGCCGGAAGAACGAAUCGAAUCGAGAGCCAGGUGUAAACAUUGUGCGGUCUCGCGCUCUGACUCCGACUUGAUAAGAUUUUCCGUUUAGAAGUUUAUUUUUCAAAUUACGCAUCAUGAAGUUGAGAUUGUGCGCACUUUUGGGGAUUUGCCUGCUGAUUGGUUCUGUCAUUGCGAAUUCGGUCGAGGAGGAGUCGGGAAUUUUGGAGUGCAUUCUCAAGGCCAACAGCGCUUCCUGUGCGAGGAAGAAGAUAGCGGAGGAAAUCGACAAAAUCGAGUUGGACGUUUCCGGAAAGAAAAGUGAUGUACCAAUGAGUGUGGUCCUCGAGGAGACCGGAAAUUUCGUCGCAGAGACGCUGAAUAAUCUUUUCGGAACUGAUAACGCCGAAAAUGCUCAAGAGGAUGAUUCGGAAAGUCGAGGCAUGAAUGAGGGUCGCAAAAACAAACUUUUGAAGAAAAAGAAGAAACACUUUAUGAAGCUGAUUCCCUUGGCUUUGCUUUUAAAGUCGAAACUGAGUUUCCUGCUGCAGCUGAUUUCGACACACUUGAGCAUUAAAUUUUUCAUUGUCGCCGUUAUCGGUCUAAUGAUCAACAUUGCUCGCUUCUGGUUGGACCUGAAGAAAAGUCACCACCCUUCCAAAGUGAUAUAUUACGAGCAUGCUCAGCAUCAGCAUCACUACGAUCACGAAGACGAACACGGAGGAUAUUGGGGCAGAUCGAUCGACGAAGCCGGACAAGAUGCCGGACAGAAUCUUGCCUACAAAGCUUAUGCGCCCGAGUAUGCGCCUGCACACUGACUUCCCACUUUACUCAGCGGACGUCAGUUUCACUUUAGUUGACAAAAGAUUUAUCGAAAAAAAGAGAUUCCGGUAUUGAGGUCAUGGUAUUUAAUCGGACGUGUUCCUACAGCACGUGACCACUGAAUAAAAUGUCCAUUUAAAAAUUAUUUUUUAAAUUACAUCAACAUAUUUUUGACACAAUUUGUUGAUAAUCUAAAUGACUACUUUCUGACAUUUGUAUAUUUAAAAUCAAAAAAUCGCGAUCCACCGUUUAAUAGCUAGAAAUUUACUUCAUUUUUAAAAUGAAUUUAACUAAUUUAGAAAAAUAGUAGGUAAAUAUUUUUCUAAAUAUUCUCAACACCAUUUUUAUUUUUACUAUUUAUUUAUUUAUUUAUUUAUUUUAUUUUAGA